GCCUAUGUGUUGGCCAUUAUUGAGACUUUGGUAUCUAGCUUCUUGUCUUUAUUGGCUAUGUUUAGGUAUUUUCUUCUUAUACACCCAACUAGUAUCUUGCAGGGUGUAGUAGUAUCUACUAUUGUAGUUUUGGAUAUUUUUUUUCUUGUAUUAGGUAUCAUAGUAGUAUCUUACUUUGCAUGUGUGUUGUGUUUUGGCUUCUGUAGUUCCUUUGUACCAAGUGAUCAUUGGGGAGAGUUGAUUGAUGAUG